AUGGCGCCUUCCGGUCCUUUUCCCGUUACUGUUCAUCCCUUUGAAUCCGAGUGCCGAGGCUCAGCUGCCUACGAAGUUGGCUUGUCUUCUGCUCAAAAUGCCAUCGUCUUCAUCGGUGGGCUGACUGAUGGCCCGCAUACUAUCCCCUACACCCGGCUCCUGGCCCAACGUUUGGAACAAGCAAAAGAUCUGGGUUACUCUGUCUUCGAAUUCCGCAUGAGAAGUUCUUUUUCAGGAUUUGGUACUUCGAACCUAUCCAACGACGUGGAAGACAUCUCUGCAUUGGUCAAGUAUCUUCGAGGCAUCGGAAAGAAAAAGAUUGUCCUCUUUGGCUCAUCCACUGGCUGCCAGGACUGUAUUGAGUAUGCCGACUACCCAAAGCAUAACAACGAGCCGGUGGAUGGUUUCAUCCUGCAAGGCCCAGUGUCGGAUCGCGAGACACUAGACUUGAUCAUGCCUGACCCUCAGCCAAGUCUUGAUCUCGCUGCCAAGAUGAUUUCUGAGGGCAAGGGCGGUGAUUGUAUGCCUUUUGACAUGAUCCCAGCUGUUUUGGGGGCACCGAUCUCAGCUUAUCGAUUCCAAUCUCUGGCCAGCAAAGGUGGUGACGAUGACUAUUUCUCGUCAGACCUCGAUGAUGAAACCCUGGAGAAGAACUGGUUGCGAUUCAAGAAACCAGUGCUGGUCCUACACUCUGCUGAGGAUGAAUUUGUUCCCGCACGGAUCGAUCAAGCUGCGAGUAACAAAAAGUACAAGGAACUGAACUCAUCCGCCGUCAGCGACCUAUCGGGACUGAUUCCUGGCGCAAGCCAUACCGUUGAGCAGCCCGAAUCGCAGGAGUGGCUUUCUAAGACAGUCAUUGAAUUUUUGAAGACAGUUUAA